AUGAGCACUUCACAUCCAACGCCUUCCAGACUCCCCAGCCAUGACGCCGCUGGCUCAUCCGAGACCGCUCCGGCAAAAACGAACGCGUCGACGCGCAUCCGCAGGCGCAAUCGCAUGAUCACCUCGUGUCUUGAAUGCCGUCGACGCAAGCUGAAAUGCGACCGCACGCAUCCAUGCUCCAAUUGCUCCAAGGCCACCCGCGACUGCGUCUUCCUGGCGCCCUCGCUCGACUCGGCCGCGCGCUUGAAGCUGACCGAGCUCAAGGAGCGCAUGGGCUCGCUGGAGCGCUCUCUCGAGGAGGAGGUCGCAGGCCGCCGUAGCCAGAAAGCUUCAGGCGCAAAAGAAGAACCAUCGUCCGAUGCGUCCUUUGCCACGGCUGAGCCGCUGUCCAGUCAGUCCAUUCCGGACGAUGAAAAGAACCUGGAGCCGACACUCAUGGCCACACAAGAUGCCGUCUACGAGGACGAAGCCGACGAUGACGUGGUCGACCUGGGUUUCCAGCUUGGCAAGAUGAGGCUGACCGACCGCUUAGGAGGGUUUUUCCGUCCACGACUUGCCGACGAGGUAUUCUCUCUCUUUACAUGGUCUCCUACGGAGUGCUGGCUGACUUGUUUCCAGUUAGCAACCUCUCUCGACGGUGACAAUGCCGACAAGAAUCCCAGCAAUGCUCCGGACAGCUCGUCGGGAACGUCAGCCUCGUUCUUAAAUCCGGGCCCAACCUUCAUUGCGCCCCGUUCGGACAUGCUAUUCGGGUUGUCCAACCAUGACCAUGCCUUGCUGGAUUUUCUCCCUACCAAAGCAGCGGCCGACAAGCUAAUGCAGCAUUACUGGGAGGCCGUCCAUCCAGUGGCCCGGAUCGUUCACCGGCCAAGUUUUGAAAAGCGGUACGAACAAUUCUGGGAGGAUGUCACGCACGGAAUCGAACCGAAGCCGUCCAUCCAGGCAGUCGUGUUUGCGGCCCUCUUUACCGCGGUGGUCAGUAUGCCGCAACAGACGGUGCUCGAUGAUUUUGGCGUGUCCCAGCAGGAGCUCGUCGAAAAUUUCAGAUUAGGGACCGAGACCGCCUUGGGGAAGGCGCACAUCUUGCGCACGACCAAGAUAGAGACGUUGCAGGCAUUUGUCAUGUAUCUGGAGAUUCCGAUGUGCCGCGAUGCCAUAUCACGAGCCCAUUCCGCCAUGGUCGGGGCCGCAAUCCGGCUGGCCGAAUGUAUGGGCCUUCACCGCGAUCCGACCGAGUAUAACCACCCGCCCGUCGAGACGCAUGUCCGGCGUCUGAUCUGGUAUCAACUCUGUUUUUUAGACAUCCGGACCGCCGAAGUCCAGGGCCCGCGGCCCUUCAUCCGCCGCGAAGACUACACAACCCAAUUUCCGCUCAACCUGGACGAUGCAGCCUUGGCCACGGGGAAGUCGGACGACGCGCAAGAGUGGACGGACAUGACUUUCGCUCGCAUUCGCUUUGAGUGUCAGGAGAUGAUUCGCGCCGUUUACAUUGACCAAAUCCGGUUGGAGAAAAAAACUAUCAGCGUUACACAGGCCCUGGGGAAAAUCGAAUCCUUCCGCAAGAGCAUGGAUGCCAAGUAUGGUCCUUUGUUGAACGGGCCUCAACAGACCCCGAUCCAGCGCGCCGCGGCGGUGAUGAUGUCGCUGAUUAUCAAUCGACUGUAUAUCUUGCUCUUGCAUCGGUAUCACACCAACGUCAUGGUGAAGAUCCCCGACCGGCUCCGCCAGGUGAUCCUGAGCACGGGCACCCAGCACCUGGAAGAUGCGAUUGAAUUGGAAACCUCCCCGGAUCUGCAGCGGUGGAAUUGGUACAGCCGGGCGUACCACAACUAUCACACUGCCCUGCUUCUCUUGAUGGAUGUGUAUUAUCAUCCGAUGCGGCGCGAGGCGGAUCGGAUCUGGCGUUGUCUGGACUACGUAUAUGAAACGCCGCCGGCCCCUCUGCAGCCGGGCAUGACUCGACGAGAGAUGGUCGAACACCGGGAGCGGAAAGCCCGCAUGAUCUUGACGCAGCUUCGCGACCGGAUGAGUGUGUACCGGGCGAUGCGAAAGAUGAAGUAUCCGCCAGCCAUGGCAGAUUCACAUAUUUCUCUUGUCACAGCAGCCAGCCGGGACCAGUUAGGUCCGCAAGCCGAAUCCAAUUCGGAAGAGUCGACCCAGGAUGAUGCCGAUCGCGCAUUAUCCACAGAUGCUGCCUCUCAUGCAGAUGUGAAGACUGACACGGUGCCCACGCCGUCCGCCGUGUUUUCGACUUUCUUGCCCGGUCCUGACGUCCAAGCGCGUGUUCGUCAGAACAGGCGGACCAACCAACUACCUGAUGCGAUAGCAUAUCAACCUUUCAACGCACCUGUGGAUUAUCAUUCUGCACAACCACCACAGCCGUCGCCAUCGCAGCCUUUGCCCUCACAGGCCAGCUUGAACAGGGACGUUCGAGGUCCCGGCAUGGAAUCGGAAGGCCCUGGCAGCAGCGAUUUAGGCGGCCACGGACUUUGGUUUCUGCCGGGGGCUGAAGCGCCAGCCGGAACGGUGACUCGAGCGGUCACAUCGGAGGAUCUCCCGAUGCUGGACAUCAACUGGGCCGAAUGGGACCAGUUGUUCCCACCUCACAUUAACGACGGUAACAUCAACCUGCCUCCGCAAUCUCUCUCCGGAAGGAUGAAUCUGGAAGCGACAGCAUACCCGCCAUUCGAUCCGAAUCGACACGAUCUGCCUCGGAAUUCAUUCCAGUAG